UCCCCGACUCCACAAUCACAACAACUCCGUCUCCUGGUACCAGUCAUUGGUUCCACAUACCUCUGUCGCUGGCAUCCAUCACGGCCACUGCAUUCCAACGCGACAACGCACCAGCGCAGCACCCCUGGUUUUAAACGCACGCAUCGUUUGCGCAAUCGGGCACUACCGCGACACACGUUCCCCCCCCCCCCCCCCCUGCUGGCACGGCACUCGCCUCCCCUCCCGGCCCCGCGCUCCUACCCCACCCUCUCAUAUCUCCAUUGCCGCAUCCCACAAGAGAUACUUCCCACCCAUCCAUCACGUCUCUUCUCUCUUCUCUUCUACAACAUCAUCCAUCCAACACGGUAGCACCGACACAUCAAGUCUUUUCCUCCAUUCGCCAUCCGACUUGAUUUCUUUGCCACCACCACCACAUUGUUUGGCCACCCCCCCUCCCGGCACGCCACCCCACACACGUCGACACCGACUUUAGACUCUCGUGUCUCCCCCCCGUUCCUCUUUAUUUUUUUUUGCAACAACCCACGUCCAUCCUUAUCCUACACUCCCACCCCCACCCCCCACCCCGCGUCCGAACAAGCCGGCGCAAUUGAUACUACUCCACGCAGUUACCCCCCUCCUCCAUCCCACGGGUACCCGCUAGUCUUUAGUGCUUUGCUCUUGCACACAAAAGGCUUACAUCACCCCUGAAACGCAUCUUUUUCGCGUCUUUGCUUCUUCGGCCAUGUCGUCUCAUCCAGCAACCAUGGCGUCGGCCAACGACGGCGGCGCUGAAAACAACAACCCCCUCGCUUCGCUCCCCACCCCCGUGCCCGAUCCCAUCACGGGCCGUCUCGACCCAAACGACCCCGCGGUCAAGGCGCUCACAGACGCCGCGCUCAACAUGGACAAGAGCAAGAUUCCUCGUCCAUACAAGUGCCCCUUGUGUGACCGUGCUUUCUACCGUCUUGAGCACCAGACUCGUCACAUUCGCACCCACACGGGCGAAAAGCCGCACGCGUGCACCCACCCCGGCUGCGACAAACGUUUCUCACGUUCAGACGAGUUGACCCGACAUGCCCGCAUCCACCUGCCCCCUGCAGCUGAGAACGGAUCAAAGGCCAAGGCAACAAGACACGACGACGAAGACCACGAGAUGGAGGACCGCCGUGGAGGCCACCUCCCCCACCUCGGCCCCUCGUACGGUAUGGACUUUGACCGCCACGACAACUACAGCGGCUCUUACCUUCCCCCGCUCCCCAUGGGCAACGGUGCUUCGGGUGGCAUGAACGACAUUUCUGCCCUCGCCGCCGCCGCUUCGGACCAGCUUUACGAGCUUGAGAGGCACGAGGCUUUCCGUCGUGCCGAGUACGAGCUUCGCCACCGUCAGAUUGCGGCUGGUGCCGGCCGCAAGAGCAACGGCGGCAGCCCCGGUUCGUCGACCCCUGCCAACAACAGCUUCUCGGCUCCCAACCAGCAGAGCUACGGCUUCUCGAGCAACGACCGCGAGCGCUUCUCGCAGGGAGCCCCUGCACCGGGCGGCGGCCAAAUCGUUUUCCCCGUCUCGGCCCCGCAGCCUGCGACCGCCAACCACCCAGCGGUGCCCGCGGGUACGCUCGCUGACCCCACGUACCUGGUCCCCCCGACCUGCUGCCACGAGGACUGCCACAAGAGCUACCGCAAGCGCCUCAAGGUCGCUCGCCAGACUGCCGCGUGCCCCAACUGCCUUGGCGGAGGCCACGGUAACGGAGUGAACAACGGCCACAGCGCCGGCGGUGCUGGUCACGGCUCGGGCUCUGGUGGCAACGACGGCCACCACUCGAGCAACGGUAGCACGCCCAAGGACCGUUCCAACCUUGGUUCGGCCGAGGACCUGACCAAGCUCUCUGGCGGUGCUCCUGGCGGCAGCUCGUACCACCUGCACCACGCCAGCCUGCAGCAGCAGCUUGCUCGUCUUCAGCAGCAGCACUCGCUCCAGGUGCAGAAGCAGAAGCACGCUGCUCCUCCCCGCCAGUCUGGCGGUGGUGGUGGUGGCAGCCACAACGGCCACCACGGCCACCACCUCUACCCCUCGCAGCACCCGGUCAACCUGCACAGCCACCGCUCUUCCCACGCCUCGCUCGCACCCUCUGCCGAGCCGUCGCGGGCACCCAGCCCGUCUUCUGACGACUCGUCGGAUGACGAGAUGCCGCCUGCUGGCCAUUUUGAGCCCCACUUCCCGGCUACGAGCCCCGUGCUCGCCGGUAUGCGCGGCAUGAGCCUCUUUGCUGGCCGAAACGCUGUAACUGCCCCAGUUUCUGCAGUGACGAGCCCGAUCCACUCUCGCAACCCUUCGCGUGCCAACUCGCGCGCUGGCAGCCCCGUGGAAGGAGGCCACUCUGCUUCGUCCGGAAAACACGGCCACGGCUCGCACACUGCGCGUGACGCCAAGAACCGUGCUCACCCGUACACGCACCACGGUCACCACGGCCACCACUCUGCGUUGAGCUCGAUGCCCGCAUCUCCCCGCGUUGGAGCCUCCAAGUCGCGUAUGUCGCCUCCCAAGCUGCCCGACUCGCACCACAAGUCGGUCGAAGAGAUUCUCAACUCGUCGUCGAUCCCUCCACCCCCGCCUCACAACGACCGCACGCUGCCUCCCCCCACAACAUCGGCGUCGUUCUCGUCGCUCCACGGUGUGGGCGGAUACUCGCUCUCGACGCACGUUAGCCCCGUUGGCUCGCGUUCGUCUUCGCCCGUGCACUCUACGUCGACCAACAACCACUCGCAGCUUGCGCACUCUGUGCGUGCGGCGUUUGGCAUGACGCCCUUGCUCCGCGGCUCCGAGACACCGUCGACGGCUACGACGACCAACCCCUCGCCCAAGAGCGUUCUGACUGCGUCGUCGCCUCCCACUCGCCUCCCACCGCUCGGCCACCACAAUGACCACGGCAAGCCGUCGCUCCCUUCGUUUUCCAGCAGCCGGCAUACAUCGCCUGUGCACCUGAUGGAGCUGGACGGACAGGCGUAAGCCAAUAGAACGAGGCGUGAGCAGAGUUGACAGGCGACAUAGAGUCCGUCGUCAAGGUCAACAUGGGAGCUGAUAGGGUGGGUGUAAUCACCGCUUCGCCACUUGGAUUACGAGAUUGCACCCUUACCCCCUUUCCCACCUAUAGAGUGUGCUAGACUGGUUUCUUUUAUUUUUUGGAUACAAGCCGAACAGUUCCUAUGUAACGUGUCGUUGAUGA